AUGGCUCCUCCAGAAGUGAACCACCUCUUCCACCAUCCCAUCGCGGAUCACUCCUUCUCCGCCGACCGCCAGACGCUCGCCGUAGCUCGCGACAACGUCGUCGAUCUGUUCCAGCGCUCGGGCACCAAGUACACGCUGCAAGAUGAGCUCACCGGCCACGACAAGACCGUCACCGGAGUCGACAUCGCGCCCAAUAGCGGCAAGAUUGUGACGUGCUCGCAAGACCGCAAUGCAUACGUUUGGGAGCCCACUCCCGAAGGCUGGAAGCCCACUCUGGUUCUCCUCCGCAUCAAUCGUGCGGCCACCUGCGUGCGCUGGGCGCCCUCGGAGACCAAGUUCGCCGUGGGCUCCGGCGCCCGCCUCAUCCCCGUGUGCUACUUCGAGGAGGAGGACAACUGGUGGGUGUCCAAGCACAUCAAGAAGCCCAUCCGCUCGACCAUCACCGCCGUCGCAUGGCAUCCCAACUCGGUGCUUCUCGCCGCAGGAUCCACCGAUGGCCACGCGCGUGUGCUGUCCGCCUUCGUCAAGGGUGUCGAUGCGCGCCCCGAGCCUUCAGUGUGGGGAGAGCGUCUGCCCUUCAACACCGUGUGCGGCGAGUUCCUGAACAAUACCGCCGGGUGGGUCCACAGCGUCGCCUUCUCGCCUUCUGGCAACGCGCUCGCAUUCGCCGCCCACGACAGCACCCUCACCGUGGUGUACCCCUCUGGCCCUGAGGAACCGCCGCGUGCCGUUGUCAGCAUCAGCACGCAAGUUCUGCCAUUCAUGUCCCUCGUCUGGUCUACCGAAUCCGAGAUCAUCGCCGCGGGCUACAACUGCGAGGCCUACCGUCUGCAGGGCGACGAGAACGGCUGGCAGCUCGCCGGCAGCCUGGAGAGCAAGGGCCGUCCGGGUGUGCAGGAUUCGAGGGAGGAGUCUGCGCUGAACAUGUUCAAGCAGAUGGAUCUGAAGGGCAGCACCAAGGAUGAUACGAAGCUGAAAACGGUGCACCAGAACACCAUCUCUACCAUCCGCAGCUUCGAGGAGAGCGGUGGACAGGUCACGAAGAUCAGCUCGACUGGUGUUGAUGGUAGGGUUGUCAUCUGGACGUUGUAG